AUGUCCCAACCAACUCUCGUGGUCAUCCCGGGCUCUUUUUCGCCCCCAGCCCUUUACACAAAUUUCGUCGACAACCUCCGAUCGCUUGGUUUCGAAGCAAUCGUCGAGCCACUGCAAUCCGCUAUUAGGAGAGAGUCAUCGCCGUCGUCGUCGAUGUACGAUGAUGCGUCUCAUUUUCGCGAGGUUAUCUCAAAGCUAGCCGACCAGGGAAAAGACAUCGUCCUUAUACCCCAUUCAUACGGCGGGAUCGUCGCCAAUGAAAGCGCCAAGGGUCUUCUUAAGUCCGAUCGAUCGAAAGCUGGAAAGACCGGCGGUAUUGUGGAGAUUGUCAAUAUCAGCACUCUCAGCCCCGCAGUGGGUGAAACUGCCCUUGACGUUGCCGGAAAACUUGGCCUUGACCAAUUUCCCUUGGAGGGUGAAUACAUGGUUCUUGAAGACGAAGGAUGCGCGAAGGGAAAUUACAAUGAUGUUCCCUGGGAGCAGGCAUUGGAAUUCGCGAAAGGGCAUAGCGAUCAUUCGGCGAGGAGCUUUAGAGACAAGCUUACUUACGCGGGCUACUUGGACAUCCCAUCGUCAUGGGUGUUUUGCGAACGAGAUGUUUUACUUCCGCCUGCUUUCCAAAGAGAGACAAUAGAUCUCAUUGAGCAGCGCAGUGGCAAAAAGGUCCGCGUUUUCAGCAUUGAUGCUGGCCAUUGUGUUGUGUCAACUCAGCCAAAGGAGCUGGCGGUCUUGAUCCAUAAGAUCCUGAGCAAUUGA